AUGAAUUCACCAAACAAUACAAAGCCCAAUAAAAAUAAUGAACAAAUAACAAAAGAAAAUAUUCAAACAACGGAAAUUAUUGAAGAUGAAGUUGUUCGACACUAUCAAAGUGAUGAAAUUAAGAAAUUAAUUGAGAAUUUAAUCAAAGUUUGUGAAGACACACCUGGCUUACCAUUGAAUUAUUUAAAUCAUAUAA